ACAGGGAGCAAGAAGGCCAUCUCGGGGUGCUUUGUAUAUAUAAUCUCGUUGGCUCAGUUCAGAGCUCUAGCUCUGGUAUCUAGCUAUAUAAACUAAUAAGGUGUAGGCUGCAGCAGAUAGAAGCAUUAGAUUCCAGGAGAAUUGGGUUCCAACUUCCUCCAUUUGGGCACCUUAUCUUGCAGCUAUAUCUCCAAAUCUAGAGCCUCCAAUUGCAUCAGGGCCAGUAGAGUGAUGCAAAGGGAGAGAUUCUUGGGGUCAGUGGCAUGCAGUUGGGAGAAGCUUGUGGCAUCAGGAAGGAUACCAGCUGCCGGGUGUGGUGAUGAAGGAGAGUUUGAAACGCUCUUGGAUUUGUCUAUUUGAGUUGUGUGCGUAGGUUCUUGUUCAGUUAGCAAGGAGAUUGUUCCUGUGGGCGAGAAGAGAGAAGAUGGCACCCCCUGCGGUGGCGGCGCCGCCGCCGACAACCACCAUGGUUUGCGCAAGGCAAGGACGCCUCCGGCAGCGUUAUGAAGGAUGCUAUCGCCUCGUCUCAGGAUGCAUCCCUUACAUGGUCAAAGAGGAGGGUGGGGAAGAAAGCGGCUGCCAGGAUGUGCUCGGCAGGCUGCAGGUGCUCAUGAUCUCGACGCCGAAGCGAGGCGAUCUCAUCUUCCCAAAGGGUGGAUGGGAGGACGACGAGAGCAUCGACGAAGCUGCGUGCCGGGAGGCCUUCGAGGAAGCAGGCGUCAAGGGCGUAAUCAGCGCAACACCGCUGGGGGAAUGGAUCUUCAAGAGCAAGAGCAAGCAGAACAGCUGCGGCCUGCAAGGGGCUUGCAAGGGCUUCAUGUUUGGACUCCAGGUCACGGAGCUGCUGGAGAUCUGGCCUGAACAGGUCACCCAUGGCAGGAGAUGGGUACCAGUCGAUGAGGCGUACGGUCUGUGUCGGUACGACUGGAUGCGGGAAGCACUUGACAAACUGAAAGAGCAGCUGCUGUUCGAGAGAAAUUUCAGGCCUUUGCCAUCGCCGGAGCUGGUGGACUCAUCGAGCUUGUACAUGGUGAUGCCGGCUGCCGCUGAAGGUACUGUAGCACUGUGCUGAGGCUGCUGAUAAUCUCACUCCCAAUGGCAGUGACCAGCAGCUUUCCUCGCCAUCUGAAGUUCCAGGAGCCAGAUGGUUCAAGAUGUAUUUGUUGAGGAUUAAAUCUCGCCUGCAGAAAGAGUCGCAAUGUCAGAACCUUGUGGAAUCACCAGAACGACAUCACAUCUUUAAUUAAUAACCAGUUCAUGUUGCUGAGAACUAAUUGGAAGAAGCUAACAAAUUUCAAGUUCUAUCUGUUGAAUGUUUCCCCUUAUGAAUGAAACAAUUUUGACAACUGUAACAUGUUACUGAAUAUUUGAAUGAAGCCUCCAAGAAUUAUCUGGU